AUGUCUGACCACAUCGAGUUUGUCGCUUCUGAUAGCAAAGUGGCGGAAGAUGUUGAAUUCUCUCAUACCGCGCCAAUUCUCGAGGAAGAGAGUACCAGACAGUUGCUGCGCAAGAUCGAUAUGCGCUUGAUGCCGGUUAUGUGCUUUACCUAUGCCCUCCAGUACUACGACAAGGCGCUGCUCAGUCAAGCUGCGAUCUUCGGCUUGCGAGAUGAGCUCGGAAUUCAAGAUGGCCUAGAGUAUUCGUGGGUGUCAUUGAUCUUCUACUUUGGCUAUAUCACCGGAUGUUACCCAAUCUCCUGGCUCUCACAAAGAUUUUCCAUCCGCAGGGUCUGCCCCACAAUUUGCUUCCUCUGGGCAGUUGUUGUCCUCUGCACCCCCGCGUGCACAAGCUACGGUGGCAUGCUUGCUAAUCGCUUCAUGCUCGGUCUGAUCGAGAGUGGUGUCUCGCCCGCAUUCAUGCUCUGCACUGGAAUGUGGUAUACUCAUUCCGAGCAGGUCCUCCGCUCGUCACUCUGGUACUCCUUCAGCGGCGGUUCAAACAUUAUUUCGCCUCUCAUCAAUUAUGGUCUGGGACAUAUCACCGGAGGGUCACUGAAUUGCUGGCAAUACAUGUACUUGAUUGCUGGACUCGCCACUCUGUUUUGGUCCAUCGCGCUGUGGUUUAUCUUCCCGGGAAGCCCGGAGGAAGCAAAGGGUUUCACAGCCGAAGAGCGCAAGCUCCUCCUCGAGCGCGUGCGGGCCAACAACGCAGGAUCCGAGAACAAACAGUUCAAGUGGUAUCAGAUGCGCGAGGCGCUUUUGUGCUACCACUUCUGGUUCAUCUUGGUCCUCUCUGCGCUGUCGAGCAUUGGUUCUGGCGCGGUGACCACCUUCGGCUCGAUCAUCUUCAACGGCAUGGGCUUCUCCACGUUCCAGUCCCUAUUACUAAAUAUGCCCAAUGGCGCGUUGGCCUUCAUUUGUAUCCUGGGGUCAGGGUACAUCGGGCAAAAGGUGCCAAAUGCAAGACUCCAUAUUGUUAGCGGAGCUUGUGUGCCAGUCAUUCUUGGGAGUUGUCUAAUCUGGCAACUUCCCUCCUCUGAGCGCGCGGCACGAAUCAUUGGCUUCUACCUCAUCAACUUCUUUUCUUCGGCUUGGGUGCAAUGUAUUGCACUAGGGACAUCAAACGUCGCCGGGCACACAAAGAAAGCCACUUUGGCAGCCGGCACGUUCAUCGGCUACGCCCUCGGAAACAUCAUUGGGCCCUUGACAUUCAAUGCAAAGGAUGCCCCCCGCUACGACCCGGGCUUCCAAGUUACGGUUAUUUGCUUCGCGGCUUGCCUCGUCCUCGCGCAGGUAUUUAGGGCGCUGAUGAUGAUGCAGAACCAGCGGCGGAAUGGUCAAUAUGGUUUGCCUAACGCUGAAUAUGGCUUGCAAGACAUGACGGAUGGCGAGAAUAAGUCGUUUAGGUAUCCACUGUGA